AUGUUGAACUCUAUCUGGGAAGCCUUUUUGACUCUGAUGCUCCUCUCUACUCGAUCUGAAACUGGAAUUGUUGGAUUUGGCUUCAUUGGUUACCAGCCCAGUUUGGUGGCUACACAAUUUAGUUUUAGCCAAAUGUUGGCAAACGAGACUGCAGCAAAGGGAGACAACAAGGUCGAAUGCCCUUCCAAUGCCGGUGAAAAUAAGAAAAGAGAAGAACCUCUACAAAAAAGUCUUUCAAUUAAAAAAAAAACCCAUUCCAAUGGCUUUCACUUCUUCUCUCACUUCCCAUUUUCUCUCUCUCUCCCAAACAAAAACCCAUCCCUAACCCCUUUUCAAUCUCAACCCUUCUUUUUCCCUACACUCCACCCAAAACCACUCUUAUCAUCACCUACUUCAAUCUCAACCGUUGCUUCAGCGUCAUCAUCGAAAAACCCUUCCAGUAACAAUAACCCUAAACAGUCUAGACAAGAUGAAGUUGUUGAGGUUGAAGUAGAAGAGGAACUUCCGUGGAUUCAAGAAAAAGCUCUCGACCUCGUUGAGUUCACCGGUUCGGUUACCCAAGCGAUUCCCGGUCCGAGAGUGGGUCCCACUUCGUUGCCGUGGAUUCUCGCCGUUCCUCUUGGUUAUGCUGGUCUCACUUUCGUUAUCGCGUUUGUUAAAACCGUUAGGAAAUUCAGUUCUCCCAAAGCACAACGCAGGAAAUUGGUUGGUAAAAAUGCGUUGUUGUGUAAGUCUGUUGAUGAUUUGUUACAAAGAGGACGAGAUGAAGUUAAGGUUGAUGAUCUCAAAGGAAUCGAAAAUAAGACAGGUUUUGUCUUGGAAGAAAUUUUGCGCAAAUACAUCCGAUAUGCUCUGAACGAGAAACCAUUCAACCCUGAUGUUGUAGCUGAUUUAAUUCAAUUAAGGAGAGCUUCUGCAUUAAAGGACUCACAAGUUGCUGAGAUUCUAAAUGAAAUUUCACGAAGAAUUGUUAGAGACAAAGGUAAUGUCUUCUUAAUAUUGGACAAUUUUCAUCUGAGUAAUCCUUGUACGUGGUAG